AUGAGAUGCAUAGCUAAGACAGCGAGUGAGCGAACCACAGGCAGAAGCUAAGUGCUGUGUCUGCUGGGAAAGAUGCCCAAAGGUGUUUUUUACUUCCUUCGUUUUCUUGUGCUCUUACUCAGUUUCUCUGCUAUUUGUCUGGGAGCAUUUUGCAUUUCCACUAGCAGUUCACUAUGCAAAUGUGGAAAUGAGCAACUGGCUAUUUACUGUGUGUUACCUCUGGGGUUCCUGCUCCUUGUGACUGGCAUUUUCUGGAAUGCUUUCCAUGAAGCCAUCAAAUACAAGGCCCUCAGCAACAUCUUUAAUCGAAACCACGGCCUUAGAGAGCUACAUGUCAGCACCAUAGACAGACCUGAUUUCUACCCCCCAUCCUAUGAAGACAGCACAGACCCUGAAAAACAGACUUUCCCACUGCCGGUUGCCUCCACAUUAAAAGAGGAAGAAGUCUCCGGGCUCCCACCACCUCUGUACACUGAAAGCAGCAUGGAGUUCAUCAGCGAGACGGGUGGACAAGAGGAGCCGCCACCGUACGAGUUGUCUGUGCAGGAGCCACAGCAGCAGCAAACGGCCAAGAAAGACUCAGCCCCCAAAACAGUGCUGAAUAUUCCUGCGCCAACACAAGAAAACAAUUGCUGA